UAGUCAUUGUUUUCAUAGUAUCAUAAACUGUCACUGCUAAAAUAUUUGAAACGAACAACACUUUCUCAGCAAACUCUCUCUCUAAUCUCUAUAGUAACAUUUUUCCAAAAGAACAUGACUUUGAAUCCCUCUUUGAGGGCACUCACCAACACUUCAACCAACCAAUGUCUCAAACUUGCACGUUACCACUUUCACCGCCACCCUUAUUCUCUAUUGCAAUCCAAUGCGGUUACCCUCAAUCCAAGGAACACUGAUCCUCAUAUUGCACAACAGCUGUUCGAUCAAACACCCCUUAGAGGCCUCAAAGAACAUAACCAGUUGCUUUUCCGUUACUCUCGCGAUGACCAAACCCAAGAAGCCCUCCACCACUUUGUGGCCCUUUAUCGAUUGGGUUUACCCCCAGAUGAGUUAACCAUGUCCUGUGUUUUGAAAGUUUGUGCCGGUUUCUUUGAUAGGAUAGUGGGUGAACAAGUGCAUUGUCAAUGUGUCAAGUGUGGACUUGUGCAGCAUGUUAGUGUAGGAACCUCUCUUGUUGAUAUGUACAUGAAAACUGAGAAUGUUAGGGAUGGGAGGAGAGCUUUUGAUGAAAUGGGUGACAGAAAUGUGGUGUCUUGGACUUCUUUGCUCGCGGGUUAUUCAUGGAAUGGGCUUAAUGAUCACGCGUGGGAAUUGUUCUGUCAGAUGCAAAUUGAGGGUUACAUGCCUAACCAGUAUACUGUUUCUACUGUAAUUGCAGCUUUGGCCAAUGAGGGUGCGGUUACUAUAGGAAUGCAAAUCCAUGCCUUGGUUGUAAAGCAUGGUUUUGAGACAGUGAGACCUGUGUGCAAUUCUUUAGUUAGUAUGUAUUCAAAGUCAGGGAUGUUAAGAGAUGCUAGAGCUAUUUUUUAUAACAUGGAGAACAAGGAUUCGGUUUCUUGGAAUAGUAUGAUUGCAGGGCAUGUGAUAAAUGGACAAGAUUUGGAAGCUUUUGAAACAUUUAACAACAUGCAGCUUGUAGGGGCUAAGCCUACGCACAUGACAUUUGCAUCUGUUAUCAAGUCAUGUGCCAGCCUUAAAGAAUUGGGGUUAGUAAGAUUGCUGCAUUGUAGGGCCCUGAAGAGUGGGUUCUCCACUUACCGAAGUGUCAUAACUGCACUCAUGGUGGCGUUGAGUAAGUGCAAGGAAAUGGAUGAUGCCUAUAGUCUAUUCUUGUUGAUGCAUGGGGGUCAAAGUGUGGUGUCAUGGACUGCUAUGAUCAGCGGGUACUUGCAGAAUGGUGGCACCGAUCAGGCUGUGAAUCUGUUUUCUCAAAUGAGGAGGGAAGGUGUGAAACCAAAUCAUUUCACAUAUUCUGCCAUUCUUACUGUGCAACAUGCUGUUUUCAUUUCCGAAAUACAUGCAGAAGUUAUCAAAACUAAUUAUGAGAAGUCAUCUUCCGUAGGAACAGCACUUUUGGAUGCUUUUGUUAAGAUAGGAAAUAUUAAUGAUGCUGUUAAAGUGUUUGAACUAAUUGAAGCAAAGGACAUAAUAGCCUGGUCUGCGAUGCUAGCAGGAUAUGCACAAACAGGAGAAACUGAAGAAGCUGCUAAAAUCUUCCUUCAAUUGACAAAGGAGGGGAUCAGACCAAAUGAAUUUACCUUUUCCAGCAUCAUUAAUGCCUGUGCUGCUCCUACAGCGUCAGUAGAGCAGGGAAAACAAUUCCAUGCCAAUGCAGUUAAAAUGAGAUUGAACAAUGCUUUAUGUGUAAGUAGUGCCCUUGUUACCAUGUAUGCAAAGAGAGGCAACAUUGAUAGUGCAUAUGAAGUUUUCAAAAGGCAAAAGGAGAGGGACUUGGUUUCUUGGAACUCAAUGAUCUCUGGAUAUGCACAGCAUGGCCAGGCCAAGAAAGCGUUGGAGGUAUUUGAGGAGAUGCAAAAACGAAACUUGGAAGUGGAUGCUGUAACAUUCAUCGGUGUCAUUUCUGCCUGUACUCAUGCUGGCCUAGUGGACAAAGGUCAAAACUACUUCGAUGUAAUGAUCAAUCAUCGUCACAUUAAUCCAACAAUGGAGCACUACUCUUGCAUGAUUGAUCUAUAUAGCCGAGCAGGGAUGCUGGGAAAAGCCAUGGAUAUCAUAAAUGGAAUGCCAUUUCCCCCAGGUGCAACUGUGUGGCGCACAAUUUUAGCAGCUUCUCGAGUACACUGCAAUAUUGAGCUUGGGAAACUUGCUGCUGAAAAAAUUAUAUCACUUCAGCCACAAGAUUCGGCUGCAUAUGUUCUAUUAUCCAAUAUGUAUGCUGCAGCAGGAAACUGGCAAGAAAGAGUCAAUGUGAGAAAACUAAUGGAUAUGAGAAAAGUGAAAAAAGAACCAGGCUACAGUUGGAUUGAGGUGAAAAACAAAACAUACUCAUUCUUGGCCGGUGAUUCGUCACAUCCUUUGUCAGACCAGAUUUACUUAAAACUUUCAGAGUUAAAUAUCCGGUUGAGGGAUGCUGGUUAUCAGCCUGAUACAAACUAUGUGUUUCAUGAUAUUGAAGAUGAACAAAAAGAAACCAUUCUUUCUCGUCAUAGUGAAAGACUUGCCAUAGCCUUCGGUUUAAUAGCUACACUUCCUGAAAUUCCCAUCCAGAUUGUGAAGAAUCUCAGAGUUUGUGGAGAUUGUCACAACUUUAUUAAGUUAGUAUCACUGGUUGAGCAGAGAUAUAUUGUUGUCAGAGACUCAAACCGGUUUCACCACUUUAUAGGUGGUUUGUGCUCAUGUGGAGACUACUGGUGAUGUUUGGGCCAAUAUGCCUUAUUUGUUUUGAAGAUUCUUUAGUGGAUUAGACUUUUGUUUUCCAAAGAAUCCAUGAAUCUUCUCCAAGGAAAGAUUGCCAUAGGAACUGAAAUCCUAAAUUUAUCAUAUCAUCGAGUGCGAUACAUGGAUGCUUAAACGCAGAUUACUGCAAUGAGUAUGAUAUUGUUAGUCGCUCUUUGACCAUUGUAGACAUUAUUCAACUCAGGAAAGGAUGAUCAUUCAACAGUACUUCUCAAGAAAAUAUACAUUUAUUUUACUAAGGCAAAAUGAUGGUAGUUGCUAAAAUAUGCUGGCUGAUUCCAAAAAGCCUGAAAGCCGCUGCCAAUUUUGCUGCUGAUCUGUUUCAGGGCUCAGGGUUAUGAUUACUUUAGAUACUUGGUGAACCAGGUCAGAAAACUGAAAAUGCUUCUUGCGAAUUACUCCAUUUCCCCUUAUUUCAACUGUUAUUUAUUUAUCAGCUAACCUUUUUGAUCCUAGAGUUAAAUUUUGUAAUAUUGAAGCAAUCAAUUUUAGUUAGAUGUACAAGUAACUUAAUGAGAAGUACCGUCGACAUUGACGCAUUUAAUUAUAGAGAAAAUCAU